AUGGCGUGUCCACAAAACUGCCAACCGAAUCCAAUGUAAAUGUUCUCACAACCAGUGUAGACCAGAAUCAUCGGCACUCGACGGAUGCUUCCACGGCAAACUUCGAGGAGAAUUCCAGCUCUCCAAGCGGAGUUGAAGGCGGAGAAAAUGACUCAACUGUCAUUCCAUUCCAGUCCAUUCAAUCUUCCGAAGUUCAUACUAACUUGACGACGGUAUCUGGUGUAACUGACCAUGUCACAUCAGACCUCAAUCAAGACUUCACCGCUACCGUUAAAUAUGAUGACUCUACUGCUUCUCAAACGACUUUGGGCUUUACUGAGAAUGUCAGUGAAACCGGAUGGCGCGACAUACAUACGCAUACAACUGAUGCAACUACCGGUAACGUUAAUGACAACGCGAGCACAGAGACAGAAACAGAUGGCGUGUCCACAAAACUGCCAACCGAAUCCAAUGUAAAUGUUCUCACAACCAGUGUAGACCAGAAUCAUCGGCACUCGACGGAUGCUUCCACGGCAAACUUCGAGGAGAAUUCCAGCUCUCCAAGCGGAGUUGAAGGCGGAGAAAAUGACUCAACUGUCAUUCCAUUCCAGUCCAUUCAAUCUUCCGAAGUUCAUACUAACUUGACGACGGUAUCUGGUGUAACUGACCAUGUCACAUCAGACCUCAAUCAAGACUUCACCGCUACCGUUAAAUAUGAUGACUCUACUGCUUCUCAAACGACUUUGGGCUUUACUGAGAAUGUCAGUGAAACCGGAUGGCGCGACAUACAUACGCAUACAACUGAUGCAACUACCGGUAACGUUAAUGACAACGCGAGCACAGAGACAGAAACAGAUGGCGUGUCCACAAAACUGCCAACCGAAUCCAAUGUAAAUGUUCUCACAACCAGUGUAGACCAGAAUCAUCGGCACUCGACGGAUGCUUCCACGGCAAACUUCGAGGAGAAUUCCAGCAAGCGGAGCGGAGUUGAAGGCGGAGAAAAUGACUCAACUGUCAUUCCAUUCCAGUCCAUUCAAUCUUCCGAAGUUCAUACUAACUUCGGUAUCUGGUCUGGUGUAACUGACCAUGUCACAUCAGACCUCAAUCAAGACUUCACCGCUACCGUUAAAUAUGAUGACUCUACUGCUUCUCAAACGACUUUGGGCUUUACUGAGAAUGUCAGUGAAACCGGAUGGCGCGACAUACAUACGCAUACAACUGAUGCAACUACCGGUAACGUUAAUGACAACGCGAGCACAGAGACAGAAACAGAUGGCGUGUCCACAAAACUGCCAACCGAAUCCAAUGUAAAUGUUCUCACAACCAGUGUAGACCAGAAUCAUCGGCACUCGACGGAUGACGGCAAAGCAAACUUCGAGGAGAAUUCCAGCUCUCCAAGCGGAGUUGAAGGCGGAGAAAAUGACUCAACUGUCAUUCCAUUCCAGUCAAUCUUCCGAUCCGAAGUUCAUACUAACUUGACGACGGUAUCUGGUGUAACUGACCAUGUCACAUCAGACCUCAAUCAAGACUUCACCGCUACCGUUAAAUAUGAUGACUCUACUGCUUCUCAAACGACUUUGGGUUUUACUAAAAUUGUCAGCAAAAACGGAUGGGACGGGACACAUACGCAUGCACCUGAUGCAACUUCCGGUAACUUUUAUUACAACGUCAGCACAGAGGCAAAAUCAGGUUCGUCUGAGGACACCACUGCUAAGUAUUCCUCAACAAUUCCGGUCUCAUCCACGGUCCACUCUAAUACUGGCGAUGGCGGAGAGAGCAGGAUUUCAACAGCUGAAUAUACUGAUAAAGGUACUGGGACUGGGCAGCAGUCUACCUCCUCAUACUCGAACACAACUUACUCUGGUCCAGAUGACAAUCUAACGAAUCAAGCAUCAACUUCUAAUUACACUCAGU